CCCUGGCUUGCCUCCGCCUCCUCUUGCCGCCGAUUAAACCGACGCCAUCUGCUUGUGCCGCCCCCGCACACUCCGGUUCUCUGUGAGAAUGGCGACUCAGAUGAGCAAGAAACGAAAGUUCGUCGCUGACGGCGUGUUCUACGCCGAGCUGAACGAGCUUUUGACGCGCGAGCUUGCUGAGGAUGGAUACUCCGGUGUCGAGGUCCGUGUCACUCCCGUUAGGACGGAGAUCAUCAUCCGUGCUACUCGCACUCAGAAUGUUCUCGGUGAGAAAGGACGUAGGAUUAGGGAACUGACCUCAGUUGUCCAGAAAAGGUUCAAAUUUGAGGAGAACACUGUGGAAUUAUAUGCCGAGAAGGUGAACAACAGGGGUCUUUGUGCCAUUGCGCAGGCCGAAUCUCUGCGCUACAAGCUUCUUGGUGGCUUGGCUGUUAGAAGGGCUUGCUAUGGUGUUCUGCGAUUUGUUAUGGAAAGUGGAGCCAAGGGUUGUGAGGUAAUUGUCAGUGGAAAACUGAGGGCUCAGAGGGCCAAAUCUAUGAAGUUCAAAGAUGGUUACAUGAUUUCAUCUGGUCAACCUGUUAAGGAAUACAUUGACACUGCCGUGAGACACAUCCUCAUGAGACAGGGAGUGCUGGGCAUCAAGGUUAAGAUCAUGCUUGCACAUGACCCACAAGGAAAGAAUGGACCAAAGACUCCUCUUCCAGAUCUUGUCACCAUUCAUCCUCUUAAGACGGAAGAAGACUUCACCAAUGUGCCUCCACCCGCAAUGGUACCCCCACCAACAACUGAAAUUGAAGUUAUGUAGAGAGCGACGUGCGUGUUUGUUUUCCUCCCUUUUGUUAUGCCUUUGGGUCUGGGAACUUUCAUUGCUCUUGAGGAUUUCUCCGUUGUCUUGUUACCUUUCUCCUUUUUUAAAGGAAUCUAGUUAUUUUGUUUUUUUGAUGAAGUUUUGUUUCAAAUUGAUAAUGAAGAUUUCUGCCUUUGAUUUCAGACAUCAAUACAUUAUCUCUGUCUGCCACAUUGUCCUUUUAAGGAUGGGUCUUUGUGUUUGAUUUCCCUUUGUUUAUACCAUAGGUGUUUUAUGAUUCAUGCUAAGAGUUAUGGGUGUCU